AUGUUAGAUUUGGGGGCGUCAAUUAAUGUUAUGCCUAAAACAAUUUAUGCCUCUUUUAAUCUUGGGCCAUUAAAAGGCACGGGCAUUAUAAUCCAACUAGCAGACCAUACUAACGCUUAUCCAGAGGGGUUAGUUGAAGACGUUUUGGUACAGGUCAAUGAGUUAGUCUUUCCUGCAGAUUUCUAUGUCCUAGAUAUGGGGGAUGAGAGGUCAUUAAAUUCGUCACCUAUUUUGCUAAGUAGAUCAUUUUUAAGCACUGCUAGGACAAAAAUAGAUGUGAAUAAGGGUACUUUGUCGAUGGAGUUUGAUGGUGAAAUUAUAAAUUUCAAUAUCUUUGAUGCGAUGAAAUACCCGGAUGAGGCUAACUCUGUUUUUACUUUAAGUGUUAUUGAGCCCCUUGUACAGGACACAUUUGAAUUGGAUGGGGACGAUGCACUGGCAGUGGCAUUGGCCAAACAUCUUGAGUUGGGAGCAACUCCUGAUGUAGAAAUAACUGAUGAGUUAUACCGUGCAGUUGAAGCACUGCAUUCGCUCCCACCAAUUUCUCCAAGGUAUGAGCUUACUUCUCUCUUUGUACCAGAAACUCAGGCGAAAUUGUUGUCUUCUGUUGUGCAGGCACCUGAGUUGGAGCUCAAGCCUCUCCCAAAACACUUGAAGUAUGCAUUUCUCGACGAUAAGGAGACACUGCCGGUCAUCAUAUCUGCUCACUUGUCACCAAGGCAAGAAGACAACCUUAUUCGUCUUUUUCGAGAUCAUAAGGAGGCAAUUGGGUGGAGUAUAGCAGACAUCUAG